UAUGAUCAUGUUUAUGAGUUACAAUCAAUAUUCAAAUUUCAAUGAUAUACAAAUAAUAAAUAUUUUGAAGGAAAAAGGAAGUAUAUUGUAAUGUUUUAAGAUUUUGUAUGAGGUUUACAAACAAUUUUUAGCGAUUCAUACUAAUUGUGUGAACAGUUAAUACGUUCGCUGAAAGUUGUAAACAGAACCCUGUGUUAUAUUUAUUCAUAAUAGAAGCUUUCGAUAAUGGCGGCAUUUGAAGAAAUGGGCGUACUACCCGAAAUCGGGAAAGCUGUCGAAGAGAUGGAUUGGUUAUUACCCACGGAUGUGCAAGCAGAGGCUAUACCGUUAAUAUUAGGAGGUGGUGAUGUUUUAAUGGCUGCAGAAACUGGCAGUGGUAAAACAGGAGCAUUUUGUUUGCCAGUCAUUCAAAUUGUCUGGGAGACUUUGAAACAGUUCAAAUUAGGUGUACAAAUUUCUUCUGUAAAAACUUCUACUCAAUCCGAUCCCUGGAAAUUAAACUUGUGGGAUCGCUCUUCAGCCAUGGCUAUAACACCUGAUGGCUUAAGAUGUCAAUCUAGAGAACAGAAAGAAUGGCAUGGCUGUCGAGCUACAAAAGGUGUGAAAAAUUCUGGUAAAUAUUACUAUGAAGUCACUGUAACCGAUGAAGGUUUAUGCCGAGUUGGUUGGUCAACUUUACAAGGUGUACUAGAUUUAGGCACAGAUAAAUUUGGUUUCGGUUUUGGUGGCACAGGAAGAAAAUCCAAUAACAAACAAUUUGAUGUGUAUGGCGACAGUUUUGGAUUGCAUGAUACUAUUGGUUGUUGGUUAGAUUUAGAUAGUUUAACAAUUGGAUUCAGUAAAAAUGGUACUUAUCUUGGAGAUGCAUUUAAAAUACCUUCAAAUUUGAAAAAUGUUGCAUUUUAUCCCGCAGUUGUUUUAAAAAAUGCUGAAGUAUCAUUUAACUUUGGACUCUCCAAAUUUAAAUUCGAUAUUCCCAAGGACUUCAAUCCUAUAUGUAAAGCCUCAACAGAUGUUGUGGAAAUUUCUCAAUGUAAUGUAUCAAAAGAAGGCGAACAGGCAAAAAAGCCAAAUAAUGCUCCAUUUGCUAUAAUUAUUGAGCCUUCCCGAGAACUUGCUGAACAAACAUGUAAUCAAAUUAAAAAAUUUAAAAAAUAUAUAACAGGUCCAGAAAUUAAAGAUCUCCUUGUUGUUGGUGGUAUUAGUAUUAAAGAGCAAAUAGCAUCUUUAUCAUCAGGUAUUGAUAUUGUAGUUGCUACCCCAGGCCGAUUAGAAGAUAUGAUUUCUGGUGGCCAUUUAUCAUUGACAUACUGUAGAUUUUUCAUUUUGGAUGAAGCUGAUGGUUUACUGAAGCAACGAUAUACACAAUUAAUAGAUAAUAUGCAUAGACAAAUGCCAAAAAUUACACAUGAUGGAAAACGACUUCAGAUGAUUGUCUGUUCUGCUACUUUACACGAUUUUGAAGUUAAGAAAAUGGCUUCUCGUCUUAUGCAUUUUCCCACUUGGGUAGAUCUUAAAGGUGAAGAUGCUAUUCCUGAAACAGUACACCAUGUGGUAGUUACUGUUGAUCCCCAAAAAGACAUUUCUUGGACUAAUUUAAAAGAACAUAUGCCAACCGAUGGUGUACAUAAUGGAGACAAUAUAAGAGCAACCAACACAUCUGAAGCCUUAUCACAAGGAGUGAAAAUUCUUAAAGGUGAAUAUUGUAUCAGAGCUAUUAACAAGCACAAAAUGAAUAAGGCCAUAAUAUUUUGUCGAACCAAACUCGACUGUGACAAUUUAGAAAAAUAUUUUUGCAAAUUAGGUUCUUUUUAUUCUUGUUGUACCCUUCAUGGUUCUAAGAAUGUAAAUGAUCGUAAAGCCAAUUUAGAAAAAUUUAAAAGAGGUGAAAUUAAGUUCUUGAUAUGUACCGAUGUUGCUGCUCGUGGUAUUGAUGUUAAUCAGUUACCUUUUAUGAUUAACAUGACAUUACCAGAUGAUAAAACAAACUAUGUACACAGAAUUGGUCGGGUUGGGCGAGCAGACCGUAUGGGUUUAGCUGUGUCGUUUGUUGCAUCAUUACCAGAAAAAGUAUGGUAUCAUGGAGAUUGGUGUCCAUCAAGAGGUCAGCGAUGUUCAAACACAGACCUAACUAAUAUUAAAGGAUGUUGUAUUUGGUACAAUGAACCUCAGUAUUUAGCUGAAAUCGAGGACCAUUUAAAUAUAACGAUUCAGCAAAUAGGUCUAGAAAUUGAUAUACCAAUGAAUGAAUUUGAUGGAAAAGUCAUAUACGGCCAAAAAAAAGCUAAUGAUGGACCUACUUACAAAAAUCACUAUGAUCAAUUAUUAUCUUCAAUAGAUCAUUUAACAAAAUUGGAAAAUACAGCACAACUUAUGUAUUUGAAACAUUCUCUUAAUGUGAAAUAAUAACAAGAUUCUGUAUAUAAAUUUAUUUUG